AUGCACAUCCCUAUUGAAGAUGUCAGGAAAAACUUGCCUGGGAAGAAGAUGUUUACUAUCCUAGAUGAAAAGCAUGGCUAUUGGCAGAAGCAACCUAUUGCUUAUGCUUCAAGAACACUGACAUGGGCCGAGGAAAACUAUGAACAAAUUGAAAAAGAUCUUCUAGCAAUUCAUUUUGCCAUGACUAAAUUCCACCAGUACAUGUUUGGUGCUCAAGUGAUAGUUCAGUCAGACCACAAACUCCUGGAAGCAAUUUUUGCCAAGCCUACUGGAAAGGCUCCAGCACGACUACAAAGGAUGCUGUUACAGUUCCAAAAAUAUGACAUCCAGAUCGCUUACACUAAGGGUGAAGACAUGCAGGUGGCAGACACCCUUUUCAGAGCUACUACGCUCCCUCUGCCCUCUACACCUGAUCCCAUUUAUGAGGACAAAGAGACCUGGGCUCUAGACAAAAUCUUGUUAUCUGAGUUUCAGGCUUAUUCGUCUGAUACUAUUCAAUCUGGUGGUAAAACACAGCUAGAAGUAAGAGGCACUAUUACAGAGCAGCAGAUCUGCUACCCCAAAUUAGAUUUACAGAGAAAAAGAUCAUGCACCACUAAAGUGCUUCAGUCCACUCCAGCUGUAUUUGUCUCUAUUUCUUGCCAGAAUCUCAUAAGCCAGUCUGACUGUUAUGUGACCCUCUGGUUACCAACUGCUACAUGUGAAAAACAGCGGACCAAAACUAUUGACAAUUGCAAGGACCCUGUUUGGAAUGAAAGCUUCUAUUACAGGAUUCAAAGACAGGUUAAGAAUGUGCUGGAGCUGACAGUCUGUGAUGAAGAUGUUGUCACUCCAGAUGACCACCUCUUCACUGUACGAUUUGAUAUUUCUAGGCUUCCAGAUGGUGAAAGUGUUUUCAUGACCUUUAAGUCUGAUCCUGAGGCACAAGAGGAGCUGGAUGUUGAAUUUUUAGUGGAACUUGCGGAAGGUCCUCCUGAAAACAUUAUUACAAAUGGAGUUCUAGUGUGCCGUGAGGUUUGCAAACUGGAAGCUGAGGUGAAUCUGUCAAAGCCACACAAGUCAAAGAGAGACCUUGCACUUACAGUAAAAGGAUCCUGUGAAGGCAGUCACUGUUUUAAGCUGGGCUCUGAUGCUGCCAUCAUGCCCCUGUGUCCCACCACAUUCCAUUUUGCCAAGUACAACGAGUCAUCCUUGGAUGUUAUGCUGCCAAAAAAGAAACCACGGUUCGAUCUUUUUACCUGUUCUUAUAAAACCAGACCAGGUGUUCCAACUGUAAUGCUGAAUUCAUUGCCAAAGGGAGAGAAAGUGCCAAUAGUGGAGGAGAAAAAGUACAAUUUACACGUGACAGUGAAUGAAUGUCAUUGUUCCAGCCCAGGGGACCUAGAUGUGCGCUUGGGAUAUGAUCUGUGUCCACAGGAGCAAGAUUUCUUAUGUAGGCGAAAAAGGCAUGUGGCUCAGGCUCUGAAGCAAGUGCUCCGUCUAAAUUAUGAUUUGAAAGAUUAUGAGGUUCCUGUGGUGGCAGUCAUGACAACAGGAGGUGGGACAAGAUCGUUCACAACAACAUUUGGCAGUUUAAGGGGUUUGCAAAAAUUAAAUCUCCUAGAUUGCGUCACAUACUUGUCUGGCUUGUCUGGCACAUGCUGGUCCAUGGCACACUUGUACAGACAUGCUUACUGGUCCCAUGGGAAUCUGGAUGACCUCAUAUGUGAGGCUAAGAAACAUGUAACCAAGAGCAAGAUGGGUAUUUUUUGCCUUGAUCGUGUGAAAUAUUAUCACCAGCAGUUGAAUCAACGGAAACAAGAAGGAUAUAAAACAACUUUUAUAGAUCUCUGGGGACUCAUGAUAGAAUAUUUGUUAAAUGAAGGGAAAGAUAACCACAAGCUCUCAGAACAGAGAGAAGCUUUGACAGAAGGUCAGAAUCCUCUGCCAAUCUAUGUAGCUCUUAAUAUCAAGGAAAACUACAGCACUGAAGACUAUAAAGAAUGGGUGGAAUUUACUCCUUAUGAGAUUGGGUUCUUGAAAUAUGGAGCAUUUGUGUGUCCAGAGAAUUUUGGAAGUGAGUUCUUUAUGGGUCGCAUGAUCAAGAAGCUCCCAGAGUCUCGGAUAAGCUAUCUUCAUGGAAUGUGGAGCAGCAUAUUUUCAGUGAACCUCAUAUAUCUCUUGAACUAUGUUAAUGAUUCAGAAGAAUUCUGGCACAGAUGGACUCGAGACAAAAUCAUAGAUCUUGAUGAAGAUCCUGAUUUGCCUACGAGGCCAUAUGAGCUGAAAACCCACAUGUAUGUCCCUGCUGGAAAUCUUUCCAGUGCAUUUCGAGGGGUCUUGACAGAUCGCCUUUCUGUUGCCCAAUAUCACAAUUUUCUUAAGGGUUUACAGCUGCAUAACAAUUACUUGGAGAAUGAAGAGUUUCAAAGAUGGAAAGCUACUGUGUUGGAUUGCUGCCCCAAUCAGCUAACAGAACAUGAAGACUAUGUGGGAUUGGUGGAUGCUGGAUUUUUCAUCAAUACCAGCUGCCCUCCACUUUUAAGGAGACAGAGGAAAGUAGAUGUCAUUCUGCAUUUAAGUUACAGUGCAGGCUCACAAACAAUGCCUCUGGAAGAAGCUUGCAAGUUUUACUCAGAGCAAGGUAUCCCAUUUCCAAACGUUGUCCUUACUGAAGAGGAUAAGAAGAACCCAAAGGAAUGUUACUACUUCAAUCAAGCAGGGGGUGUUGAGUGUCCAGAUGUGCUUUUCUUCCCAUUAGUGAAUGAUACCUUCCAACAUUACAGGGCACCUGGUGAAAAACGGAAUGAUGAUGAGAUGGAUGCAGGAGAUGUUGAUGUAUCCAGUUCCAGCAGCCCAUAUAAUACUUACCUCCUCACAUACAGUGAUGACGAAUUUGACAAACUGGUGAACCUGAGUGAAUACAACAUUGUGAAUAACCAGCACAUGAUUCUUCAGGCGUUGCGUGCUGCUGUGGCACGGAAAAGACAAAGUUACUACAGCAAUUAAUCACCUUCCUAUAUAUAUUCCUAUAUAUUAAUAGGUGUAAUGGAUUCCAGCAAACACAAGACAACCCUAUCAGGACCGAAGCCCUGCUUAAAUCCGUACCCAACACCACACCACACAUAUACCCACUACCCACUACUAGGCGAGGCUACCUUCCCCCCCCCCCAUGAGA